CUGGAGGGAGGAUUGACAGGCCGCCCGGAGCGAGGGGAGGAGGGGGGCGAACUGAAUAAUUGAGGAGCAGCUCAGCGGCUGCGGCCGCCUCCUGCCUCCCUUGGCCUCCGCGGCUCCGCAUCGCAGCGGGAGAGACGGACUCUGGCGCUGCGAGCGCGGACGACAGCCCCCGGCCCCUGCAGCCCUCCGGCAUUCAUGCCCAGAAGAAGGCUGCUUUGGGUCCCUCCGGACCUUUCCUAAAAAGGAGAUCUUUGCUCACUAGAUGAGUUCCAGAAGCAUCCACUAAGGCUCCCAUAGCCCUCUUCCAUCAGUCAACCUUCACCGUAACCACUAUCACGCAGGAUGAGUGGCUUCCUUGCCUCCCUGGACCCCCGGCGGGUUCAGUGGGGGGCCGCCUGGUAUGCCAUGCACUCCAGGAUCCUGCGCACCAAACCAGUGGAGUCUAUGCUUGAGGGAACUGGGGCUACCACAGCCCAUGGCACCAAGCUAGCCCAGGUGCUCACCACCAUGGACCUCAUCUCACUUGGCGUUGGCAGCUGUGUGGGCACUGGGAUGUACGUGGUGUCUGGUCUGGUGGCCAAGGAAAUGGCAGGACCUGGUGUCAUUGUGUCCUUCAUCAUUGCAGCCGUGGCAUCCAUAUUAUCAGGUGUCUGCUACGCAGAGUUUGGAGUCCGAGUCCCCAAGACCACAGGAUCAGCCUACACCUACAGCUACGUCACUGUCGGGGAAUUUGUGGCAUUUUUCAUUGGCUGGAACCUGAUCCUAGAGUACCUGAUUGGCACUGCAGCUGGUGCCAGUGCUCUGAGUAGCAUGUUUGACUCUUUAGCAAACCACACCAUUAGCCGCUGGAUGGUGGACAGCGUGGGAACUCUCAACGGCCUGGGGAAAGGUGAAGAAUCAUACCCUGACCUUCUGGCUCUAGUGAUUGCAGUCAUCGUCACCAUUAUUGUUGCGCUGGGGGUGAAGAAUUCUGUGGGCUUCAACAACGUCCUCAACGUGCUGAACCUGGCAGUGUGGGUGUUCAUCAUGAUUACAGGCCUCUUCUUCAUCAAUGGGAAAUACUGGGCUGAGGGCCAGUUCUUGCCCCAUGGCUGGUCAGGGGUGCUGCAAGGAGCAGCUACGUGUUUCUAUGCUUUCAUUGGCUUUGACAUCAUCGCCACCACCGGAGAGGAAGCCAAGAAUCCAAACACGUCCAUCCCCUAUGCUAUCACCGCCUCCCUGGUCAUCUGCCUGACAGCAUAUGUAUCUGUGAGCAUGAUCUUAACCUUGAUGGUGCCAUACAAUGCCAUCGACACGGAAUCCCCACUCAUGGAGAUGUUUGUGGCUCAUGGGUUCUAUGCUGCAAAAUUUGUAGUGGCCAUUGGGUCAGUUGCAGGACUGACGGUCAGCUUGCUGGGCUCCCUCUUCCCAAUGCCAAGGGUCAUUUAUGCCAUGGCUGGUGAUGGGCUCCUCUUCAGGUUCCUGGCCCACGUGAGCUCCUACACGGAGACGCCGGUGGUGGCCUGCAUUGUGUCAGGGUUCCUGGCAGCUCUGCUCUCUCUACUAGUCAGCCUGAGAGACCUGAUAGAGAUGAUGUCCAUCGGCACACUUCUUGCCUACACCUUGGUUUCUGUCUGCGUCUUGCUCCUUCGAUACCAACCGGAGAGUGACAUUGAUGGUUUUGUCAAGUUCUUGUCCCAGGAGCACACAAAGAAGAAGGAGGGCGUCCUGGCUGACUGUGAGAAGGAAGUUUGUUCUCCUGUGAGUGAAGGGGAAGAGUUUUCUGGCCCAGCCACCAACACAUGUGGAGCCAAAAACCUACCAUCUCUGGGAGACAACGAGAUGCUCAUAGGCAAAUCAGACAAGUCAACCUACAACGUGAACCAUCCCAACUACGGCACCGUGGACAUGACCACAGGCAUAGAAGCUGAUGAAUCUGAGAACAUUUAUCUCAUCAAGUUAAAGAAGCUGAUUGGGCCCCGUUACUAUACCAUGAGGAUCCGGCUGGGCCUUCCAGGCAAAAUGGACCGGCCCACGGCAGCUACAGGGCACACGGUGACCAUCUGUGUGCUCCUGCUCUUCAUCCUCAUGUUCAUCUUCUGCUCCUUCAUCAUCUUUGGUUCCGACUACAUCUCAGAGCAGAGCUGGUGGGCCAUCCUCCUGGUUGUUCUGAUGGUGCUGCUGAUCAGCGCCCUGGUGUUUGUGAUCCUGCAGCAGCCAGAGAACCCCAAAAAGCUGCCCUACAUGGCCCCCUGCCUCCCCUUCGUGCCUGCCUUUGCCAUGCUGGUGAACAUCUAUCUCAUGCUAAAGCUCUCCACCAUCACAUGGAUCCGGUUUGCAGUCUGGUGCUUUGUGGGUAUGCUCAUUUAUUUUGGGUACGGCAUCUGGAACAGCACCCUGGAAAUCAGCGCCCGCGAAGAGGCCCUGCACCAGAGCACGUACCAGCGCUACGACGUGGAUGACCCCUUCUCGGUGGAGGAGGGUUUCUCCUACGCCACCGAAGGCGAGAGCCAGGAGAACUGGGGCGGGCCGGCCGAAGACAAAGGCUUCUAUUACCAACAGAUGUCAGAUGCUAAGGCAAACACCCGGACGAGUAGCAAAGCGAAGAGCAAAAGCAAACACAAACAGAACUCAGAGGCCCUGAUUGCAAAUGAUGAGUUAGAUUACUCUCCAGAGUAGGAGUAACCACACAAGAAACGUGUAGAAACGGUGGUGGUUUCUUUUCAGUAACUUAACCGUGGGCUAGAGGGUGAAAACAUUUUUGGCUCUCAUUUCAAAAGUCCAGCCUUCCCCCAGAGUCAGUCCCCGGCCAUAGCCUGUCAUUUGCUACUUUUGCCCUUCUGGAUAGUUCUGUCGAAGGGUUUAACCUGGGUUCCAUCACUGAUCCCCUUAUUUAAAAAAAAAAAAAAAAAACUAAACAAACAAACAAAAAAAAGUAAACAAGAGGCUACAAAGAAAUUCUCUCUUAGGUGCAACCAUCAGAGCUGAUAGCAGCAAAUGUUUCCCAGGCCUUUGCUUUGCUGGUUGAACCUUUUUGCUUCUUACUGAGACCCCAGAAGCAAGGGGCUAACUUCUUGGGCCACACUGAGGCUACAGCUCCUCCUGGAGAUGUGCCAAAGCAGGUGGGUGUGGGCACAAGGCCGCAUCUCAGCCCCCAGGAUGACAAGGGCAAAGAUCCUCCAGGCACACCCCGCUGAGAGCUGCUCCCAGAGGUCGAGGGCAGGUGGGCCUUGGCGCUUCCUCAGCAAGCAACACUUUGUCCUGAAACCUCACAAAGACGAACUCAUGGAGCAGACACACGCUUCUUUCCAUUCACCAAGCCUGUCACAGUCUCCAAACUCUAGCUUUAGGACCCAGCAAAAGUUAGGGAUGCUGAGACCAUUUCCCCAGAGGUUUCGGACUUACCAUAAAGCAGUCUUGCAGACCCAAACGAUAUGGUGAGAAGCACCAUCAAAGCGCUCCUUAAAGGCCCAGAAAAAAAAAUUAAUUCUUCACCUCUUGCAGUGAAGGCCAGAAGGGCAUUGGCAGGACUUAACUCUCUGCCACACCUUUCCUUUUGCCAGCUUUUCAGCUCCUGCUGAUAUAAUGAAAGGGGGCAAAGUUGGAGCAUGAUUUCAUGGCAUUGAUAUGCCUUGAAGAAGUAGGCCGUUUGUUUUAUAAUCGGAUAAAAAUCUUUACAAGGUGAAGUGACCCCGCCACUGAGAUCACAUUGCAAAUUCUAUUUUAAAUUUCCAAAACUAUAAAUUGUGUAGUUUUUUUUUUUUUUUUGAGAUUUGCCGCCCCCUGAUUGGUGGGGGCUCCUCAGAAAACAAAAAUGCUGAAGCUCAACUACUUAGGUAAUCGCAUUCCAAGAGAUCACGUUUCACUUCUGAACCUUGAGUAGCUCGCUCUGUUCUUCGACCUGCAUUUUGUCUGUUAUUUCCCGAAGCCCAAAGAAAUACCUACCUGGUAAGGUCUCAAUGGGGCCAGAAGAGGGGCUCUUAAAGGAAUUUUCUCGGAAAUAACCUAGAUGAGAGAAGGCACAGCAGGAAAAAAACACAUGGCCCAUAAAUUCUACUCUUGGGUCCCAGGGAUUCCUGGGCUGCGCUGAGAUGUGCCCUGUGAACCAGCAGGCACAGUUUCAAUCAAGCUACAAUCUUUGUGGGAGUUUCCUGAAAGGGGGGCAAAAUAGCAAAUUUCUUGCCCUCUUUCUCCCGGACCUAGCAUUAUGCCAAAAGUUUUCCAAAAUACAUCAACUAUUGUGAAGUGUAUUCUUUCUUAAAGGCUGAGGUCAUGCCAUCUUGGCAGGCUUUAGGAUUAUGGAGAAGAGACGAAAGUCCAUUUUUUUCACUCCGUGAACACUGAUUGAGAUUGAACCAAGUACUAAGCACUGGAAAUAGAAAAAAAGUGUAACGUUCUGUUCUCGGGGGCUCUCAGUUCAGGGAAUGGGAAGCACUAGAGCCUGACAAAUGCAGAUAAAACAACCAAGACUGACAAGUCCUCCUGGUUGAUGCACUGGGCUUUUAACAUAGAGUAAAAUAAAAGGUCAAUUGAAGCUAAUAUUUUUUAAACAUGCUUUGAAGCAAAUUGCGUAUCACACCCAUGGCCAAUGAAUGCCAGUAAAUUCAAGGAACUUCUAUUUUCUAGAGCUUCUUUUUCAUUCCUCUGUAUUAAUUGUUUAGAAUUCUGGUUUCCUGGGGCCAUUUUGUCAUUUUAACGUGAUGCAUGGCAAAGCCGUGUUUUCUCCUCUCUAAACUUAGCCCUAAAGAUACAGUGCCUGGCCUGUGAAAUAUAUCCCUGGGGAUGAACUGUAGACUAAUUAUCAGUAGUUUUUGUGAAUACAAAGUUUUGAUCUAGUUUCAAGACUCAACAAAUCUGCCUAAACUAAAUAUGAGGUGUUAAGACUGAGAUAUCCAGAUAGAUGGGGCGAGGCUAUAUGCAUUAAAAAUAGUCAAAAAGAAAUAUGGAUGUAAACUAACACAGUCUUAAGGUGGAUGAAAGAACCCCCUUUUAUUAGCAAGGGUUAAGUAUUAAGGUAACAAUAGUUUGGUGGCAGAUGUAUGAAAUUUCUGGAGCAUGGGGAGAGAGGAUACAUAGUAAACACCGCUGGUAUUAGUUUCGUGAAGACCCAAUGAAUGGCUCUUUUUUUACUGGAGGCAUUUCUCCCAAGUCUUACCUCCUUCUUUUUAUAAUCUUGGUCUCUUUCUUUCUCUGUCGUUAGUCAUCUCCGUAGCAGUCUUGGUUUAAAAAAAAAAUUCAGUAUGAUAGAAAAAGAUCUUGUAAGGUAAAUUGACAUGUUGUUGUUCACGUGUCCCAGCCUCUGGGAAAUGGUCCCAGAUUUCACAAUGCAGUCUCAAAUACCAUCAUUUACUAGAAUGAUCAUAUUAGUGUUUCCUAGCAAUUUCCUCAAGACCGCAUUGGUGGAAUCACAUUAAAAGUAAGAUCACCUAUAAUUACCGUAGAAACGUAGCCUUCUUGAAUGGAGUCCAAGGAAGACCUACAUUUUAUUGAAUUCUUCUCUCCUGCAAGAGCUCCUCCAGGGAGGUUUCAUCAUGUGAAUUAGUGGUGUAGAGCCAAUUACUUGAUUGUUUUGUAAUUGUAUUCUAUUUAUUGGUACUUUGCUUCCUUUCACAAGGAUUUCAAAGUGGCUAUUAAAAUCCAUAUAAUGUAAAAAUAAGUGAGGAGCUUGGGUAAAUAAAGACAGAAAUAGGAGAAGACAAAGCUAGAAGUGUGUUCAGUGCACAAAUGCACAAUCUUGAGAUGUGUUGCUAAAUUUCUCAAUGAAGGGGCAAUUUGAAAAGUAAUAAUAAUGGAAAAUAAUGGAAAUGUUGGUAAUGACAAGAAGAAAUACCCCCACAUGAUAAGAACAGAUCUUUCCCCAUGAGGCCAGAGAAUGGCAUAGAUCACUGAAAGCCACAUAGAAGCUUUAGACUUACUUUGCCAACUACGUGUGCCCGGCACAUAGUAGCCAGGCACGUAAUAAAUAUCGGAUGAUCGGAUGGAUGGAUGAAUAGAUGGAUUAAAGGGAAGUGAAAUAUCAUUUAUUUAACAUUUUUUCAUGGAGUGUGCUAUGCUGUACCUGUGCUAUGGCAUAAGACAUGGGGGAAAUGGGAUAUAUAAGAUAUACAAAUAAAAACCAUAGUGAAGGGACGUAAGAGAUGAGGUAGUUACCAUGUCCAAUGGGACUUCCAGUAUGGAAAAGACUUCCUUCUGUUGGGGAAAAUGAUAGAGAAUGCAGUCCUUGUGUUGAGUCCUGUGGAACGUGCAGAACUUUGCCAGGUAGGAAUGGGGAGAAGGCUUGCCAAGUGGAGAAUCCUCACGCGUCAGGUGGAGACGGCUGACAGCUGUCCCUGACUAAUACUGUGUACUAUGCCUCCUUCCAGGGAAGGCAAGAAACUAGUUUGACAGGAGCUUAUGAUGUAUUCAUGAUUGAUAUAUGGAACAGUAAGAUAUAAAGCUGGGAAGGUGGCGAGGGUGUAUUCGCAGGUGGACUUGAGCGGCGAACUAAGCUGGCUGGCUCUGCCUGGGUGGGGAGACACUGGGGCAUCGAUGAGGGUAUGAAUUAGGGAGGGUUGGGCUUUCAGAAGCUGGGGCAGUGGACUCAUCCAUCUGUGUAAGGAGCUAACAGAUCUCAUACACAUUUCAAAUUGAUUUAAUAUGUUAAAGGGAAAAAAUACCCAAAUUUAAGCAAUGUAUGAUUGGUUCUUCUUUUUGAAUCCUGGCUGACUUCAUCAUUAACCUAGGAGAAGGAUGGUCAUUUAACACGUAGACAGACACCAAGUUCUUCACAGCCCCUUUAAAGUUUUCAACAGUAAGCUUGACCAACCAAAACUUACAGUUUUUUUUCUAACUAAUCUAGAAAGCAAAAUCUCAAUUCCAGAUUUUACUCAGCUUGAGCUCAGGGCCACAUUGAACCGGUGAAAGGAAUCAGAUGAUAGAAUUAAGUUAAGAACCCGAUUCUACUUCUUAGUAACAAACUGACAGCUAAUCAGUUGUCUACAUAAUGGUCGUGAUGAGCCUGUCAGAUAAAUAGGGGGGAAAGUCGUUGAAUUUAACAGUGCAUUUGUGUAGAUAUAAACCCAGCAAUUACUGGGACACAAAACACGAGCUCCUUGCAAGCAAUGUUUUUCCCCUAUUCUCCUGAAAAGUAUUGAUAAACAUGACCUCCUGUACAUCGCACUUGUAGGAAGUCUACAAGGGGCUACCUUUUCUCUAUAUAAUAAAUAGAAGCUACAGGACUUUCAGAAUCGGCCUACAAGACUAAAAGAAAUGGCUGUCCCCUCUCCCCCAGCUUUUACCGCUGGUGACAUGUCCGUGGAAGCCCGUGGAGGGUCAGCCACAGGUUCACCUAAUUUUGUAUCUCGGAGUGAAGAGGUCAGAAGUCAGGGAGGGAGUGUGUCCAAAGCCAGGGCUGGGAGCAACUCACUGAAUCCAGGUAGAGUUAAUGGCCCCCUCUUGGUUGCAAGCGUUCAGGUUAGGGAACAAUCCAGAGACAGCCUUAAUUUCUUAUGUUGGCAGGGAGAGGGGGCGAAGGGAACACACUCUCCAGAGUUUGCCACUAAGGCUGCAAGACAGCUCUCUGUUCUUACGUCAUUUGCGACAAGACUAGUCAAAGAAGGUGUUUCUAACCAAAAUUUUCAUGGAGCCUGGGUUUCUUCUGCAUGCUUGUAUCUCCCUGACACUGAGGACCCAUUUGUCCACAAGGGCCCUUUGAAGUCCCUGAGAGAGAGAGAGAGAGGCACCAGCUGAUAACCACUGACGGCCUGGCCACGCAAGAGCCAAUAUGCGUAAUGAGACAGCGGGCAAACCCCGAAACAGCCUCCCAACCCACAGGCCCCACAGCAAGCAGGGGGCCGGGUGUUGUUCAUCAAAGAGUGGACUUUGUGUUUCUCAAUUGGAGUGGUGAUGGGUAGCAGAAAGGCCCUUUCAUGUACAUAACUGUUAGUCCUGUGUCCGAUUUUUUCUCUAAGACCUCAGAGGAGAAGCGAUUGUAAUUUCUUUUCCUCUCUGGGAGCUACCACUUUCUAAAAUGUUUUCCUCUCCUUGCUCGGCUUGACUGAUCCGUGCAUCACUCUGAAAACACCUAAGCAGUUGCUCUUGUCAAAAUUCUCUCUCUAAGAAGAUGUUGUGUUGUUUUGUUUUGUUUUUCUUUUAGGACUUAAAGCCCAAAAGGGAUUAGUGGAAGUUCUGAAGCCCAUCAAAGGUGAACAUUUACUCUGCAGUAUCAACUAAAAUAGUGUUAGAAACCACUAAACAGUGUUCUACAUGCAUGGACUUCUGACCUUCAUAGAGAACUUCCACAAGGUCAGCUUUGGGCUUGAAGUCUUCUGAAAGCAGGGGGCUGUAACAGCUUACCCUAGGAGAGCAUUUAGUACAUUUUGGCAAAACAAGGAGAGAAAAUGGCUUUGUAUGAGAAUCAGGAAAAAUCCAGAGGCAACCUGGAUGUUUUUUCAUUAGGGAUUCCCCUCUGAGCUUUUUUCUUUUUUUUUUUCUAUGAUGCUUUCUUAACAUUGACAUCGGUGACAUUGGCUACAGAGAAUUGGGGGUCAGGUGAGCAUCCCGGGAAGGGGCAGACUUUGAAGGAUUGUGUUCACUUGGGUAGUGAGCUGAGGAGAGUGCUCCCUGCCCGUCUCCCUGUGACUGGUAUUGGCAGUUGUCAGUCCACUGGUCUCACUUGUGCUCCCGAAAUGUGAGAAUCUACAGCAGAAAUCAUCAAUUCCCCCAAAGCAAAGACGUGCUACGUUAAUGCUAUGAUAGCGCACAAAUACCUCAACUGUCCGGACUGAUAGAGGGGCUGCGGGUUUCAAGAGAGCAGGUGUUGUCCUCAUCCAAUGUAGUUACACCAUCUAACAACAGGACUCGACUUUCUAGCUUUUCUCACUGUGGAAAAGAAACGUUACUGUUUAAUCCGUAUCCAAAGUUAUAAAUACAGCUUGUAAAUUUUACGAACUUGUUUCAUUUUUGUUUGGUCCUUGAGAAGUACGACUUGCUUUUUGCAGAUGGUAAUUUAUCGUGUCUUUCUCUGCUAUUUUUUCCUUUGGUAUGAAACUGCUGUGUUUGUUAAAAGUUUGUUCGUUUUGUGGUUCUUAAUUCCCAUUGGUGCACUGUACAAUGGGGUGUUGUAGUGUAUCAUCGAGAAAGAAAUAAUAUGUAGAUAUGUUCUGGAGUGUGUUUUAUUUUCAAACAACUGUGGUGUUGACGAUAUAUUGAUUUCUCGAGAUAUUAAGGGAAAAUUCUAAAUUUACCAAAAUGUGUAUAUUUUAAUAAAUGCAUAAAGCUUUA